AUGAUCGCCCUCGGUCGCCUUCUCCUGCUCGGAGUGCUCGGUAUUCUGGCGUACGCCAUCUGGCUACGCCGGAAACCCGAUCCUCGUGAGCCGCCAGCCGUGGAGAGCAAAAUACCCAUCGUCGGCCACUUGAUCGGGAUGCUGCGACAUGGGGUUGCAUACUCCAAUAUCCAAGCCCAGAAACAUCCUCAGUAUCCAAUCUUCUCGCUGGACAUGAUCUUCGGCAAGAUCUACGUGAUCACCUCUCCAGCUCUCCUUCAAGCAGUCCAGCGCCAUGCAAAGACUUUAACUUUUGACCCCCUCUUGAACGGCUUCGCGUCGCGCAUCGCUGGCAUCCGCAGUGAAACGCUCAAACUGAUGGACGAGCCACGCUACGACGGCCUGAGUCUGAAUCAAGUCGUGAUCCACGCCAUGCAGCCGACGCUGAUCGGGGAGUCGCUGGAUCGGAUGAACGAGAGAAUGGCCCGGCUGUUACGGCCAUUGAUCGAUGAACUGGCUUACCGUGAGACCGUCGAUCUGUACGAGUGGUGUUUCUCUACACUCAUGGCGGCUAGUACGGAUGCCUCCUAUGGGCCGCUGAAUCCGUACAAGGAUAGCAAGGUUCAGAAGGCUUUCUUGGACUUCGAGUCAAAUCUAGGUCCAUUAAUCCCCAAUGUUCUUCCUUGGCUCACGGCGCGUAAGGCCUGGAGGGGGCGCGAAAUACUCGUUGCCGCAAUCCAAAAUUACUAUGAGCAUGGAGGACAGGAAAACGGGUCCGAGUUAACCUACGUACGGUGGAAGAGGACACACGACAGCGGCAUCUCUACGGAAAAUAUCGCACGAGCAGAGGCGGCAAUGUCAAUCGGACUACUGUCCAACACCAUCCCCGCAAGCUUCUGGAUCCUGUACGACCUCUACUCCAGACCCGCACUACUCGAAGAGAUCCGUGAAGAGAUCAAACAGAAUGCCCUCCGUAUCACCGAGGAAAAUGUCCAUGUCAUCGACCUAUCCGCUAUCAGGGACAACUGUCCACUGUUAUUAUCCGCUUUCCAAGAAAUUCUGCGCACAAGAACAACCACCGCACCACUGCGUUACGUAACGCAAGACGUUCUCCUCGCCGACCAAUACCUCCUCAAAAAAGGAGGAAUCAUCAACAUCCCUGGUGGCUCAAUCGGCCGCGACAAAGCUGUCUGGGGUUCUACAGCAGAUGAAUUCAACCCUCGUCGAUUCCUGGUCCAGAGCUCCAACGAGGAAAACAAGAACAAGAAGGAGCCCAGGCGAACCGGCGGAUUCAUGACGUUCGGUGUUUCGCCGAUGAUCUGUCCUGGGAGACAUUUCGCCAGCGCGGAGAUCCUGAGCAUGGUCGUUAUGCUUGUGCUGAGGCUGGAUCUCAGUCCUCUUGAUGGGAUCUGGAAGGCGCCGCCAAAAAAUCCCGGGGCUGUUGCUUCAAUCAUGUAUCCUGUUAAGGGCUGUUUCCAUGUCAAGCUAGCCCCAAGAGAGGAAUAUGAUGGUGCGAAGUGGGACUUUGAGGUGAAGCCAGGAAAAGGGAAAUACAAUUUGAUGAUUGGGUAG